AUGAAUGAUGAAACUAAAGUAUUUAAUAAAUGUUUUAAGAAAAUAAGUAAUUGUUAUACUCUAAAUAAAAAAGGAGAAAAAGAAAAUUCAACAGGAAAUCAAUUUGUAUUACAUAAUUGUAUCCAGACAUUAUUAUCAGACCCUAUAGUUGUUUUAUAUACGGAUAAUAAUUAUAUAUGUACUGGAUCUCUUACAGGGAAAGUUUGUUUAUACAAAAUAACGAUUAAAGAAAAUAAAGAAACAAAUACAAACAUAUCUUAUGUUUAUAAUAAUAAUAAUAAUAUUACAGAUGAUGAGAAAAAAUGUAUAAACGAUUUAAAUAAUAGAGAGGAAUUAAAGAAAGAAAACUAUAGCAAAUCAACUAUAGAUGAUGUGGUUAUAAGUAAAAAGGAACUAAAUAAUCACAAUAAUAUAAAUAAUAAUAAUAACAAUAAUAAUAAUAAUAAUAAUAAUAGUGAGAUAAUUAAAAAGUAUCAUAUUUUAUGUAUGUUUAGAAAUAAUAGUAUAAAAUCAAUAUAUAUUGACAAGAAUAAUAUAUAUAUAUGUUAUGAAAGUUGUAUUGAUGUUUUUUGUGUAAGAUCAUAUCAGUUUAUUCAAAAGAUUAAUUUAGAUGUAACAAAUAAUAAACAAGUAAUAUAUUAUGAGAACUAUAUAUUAUUUAAUAACUCAAAAAGUUUAUUUAUAUAUGAUAUAACAAGUAAUUUUUCUAGUUAUUUUUACAAAAAUUUCUUAAAAAAUAUAGUCAUUUUUGAUUUUAAUAUAAAUUAUUUAUUAUGUUAUAAAAAUAAUUUUGGGAAAUGUCAUAUUCGUGUCCUACAAAUUUUUGCUGAUGCUCAAAAAUGUGAACAUGAGUUAAUUUUUUGUGUAGACUUUUCCUCUAAAUUUAUAAGUCAUGGUAAAUUUCUAGAUGAUGAAAAAAUUAUAGUUGCAAAAAAUGGUAAAAGAUUAAUCAUAUUUGAUUUUAAAAAAGCUAUAGAUAUGUAUCGAAUCAGAAAACUAAAAAAAAAAAUAUUAGACAUACACAAAUCCGUAGAAAAUAUGUUAUUUAUAUUAGUAGAAAAUCAAAUUUUUAUUUUCAAUUUAUCUACAUUUGUAUUCUAUAAAACCGUACAAUUACCUAAGGGCCUUUUUUAUUUUAAGUGGUCCUAUUUCAUAAGAUAUAAAAACCGAAAAAUUAUUUUUUCAUCAGACAAGGGAGUAUAUUAUAUAGAUUAUUCCAUUGAAGAAAAUGUUUAA